GCUUGGUUCUCGACGUGUCUGUACUUGCGCACUGCGUCAUCGUCAAUAUUGGGUGACAGUUCCGACGGUUUCGGUGAAAGUUUUAUGGUAUUUAGGUCAAGGAUCGAUCAAAUACAAACACGGUCUUCAAGAUGGAAGAACCGAUGGAAGAACAGAGUGCAGAAGAGACGACAGAGAAACAAGCACUGAACUCCGAGGGUGACCAGAAGCCUGCGGAACGCAAGAAGCUCCCGUCCCUGCUCCGGCCAGUAGUUAUUGUUCCCUCUGCAGUGAUGGGAGCCAUCAGUAUGGAGGAGUAUGAGAUGCAGUACUGGCCGAAGCUGGAGAAUGCCAUCGUACAGCUGCUAACUCAGACACCCGGGGACUACAUCCCUAUCUCAUAUGAACAAAUGUACAGCUGUGUGUACAAGUGUGUUUGUCAACAACAUUCAGAGCGCAUGUACAACGACCUAAUGAGCCUGGUCAUAGGUCACCUACAGAGAGUAUCACAGGAGCUCAAGAGCUCCCCUCCAGAUGCAUAUGUGGAGAGAUUUAAUUUUGCAAUGACACAGUACAUGCAGGCAUUAGGAGGAAUUGCACCUAUCUUCAAUUACAUGAAUCGUUUUUAUGUAUCUAGCAAACUGAACACAGACCUGAAGGAAGAGCUGCAGAAGCUCUUCACACUUCAUGUUGCAGAACAACACAUAUCCACGUUAUUCCCUAUGUUACAAGAAGCACAGAAUAGGCCAUUUGCAGUGUCACCUCCCACAAUGGCAAAUAUUAUCAAGACCCUGCACUCAUUAAAACCAGACUUAGCGCCACAGUAUCCAGAUCUUUUUGCACGGUUCAUUCCCAAUGUCCUACCACAAGUAUCAGCAGACGACCUUCCCAGAAUAGUGGAAGAGACGAGACGGUGGCAACAGGAACUUUUGGAAAGGGAGGGUUUUGCAAGGGGAGAAACAAGUAGGAAGAGGUCAGGAGAUGAACUGCAAACAAAACCAACACCUCUCAGCUUCAUGCCAAAGAACAGCUGUUAACAGUGUUUCAAAAAUUCCCAGCUGCAAUGCUACGACACUCGACUUGUACAGCCUUGUGUUUCAAUAAAGAGGAGUUACUUUAUCACAAAUACCGGUAGUAGGACAGCUCAACCAGUUCUGUAUUUACUCUGUCCUAGUUGGAAAUGUUCCAAUACCAAGACUUUCUUCAUGCAUUACCUUAACACAGAGCCCUAACUUCAAUCUGAAGAAGAGAAUAGUAAAUAUCAAAAUACAUGUAUGAAAUAUCA